AUGCCCCCGGACGCCGGUGCCUCCGCUUCCACGGUGCCCUACGCGUUUCCUGUGGGACGCGCUUUGCGCUACGUGCAGCUCGGCCGAUGCCAUCAUGAGCAGACGGAGGGGCAGACGACGUUGCACGAGUGGCUUGCAGAGACGCCCUUCUCACCUUCUGCGGAGGCAGUGGGGCAGCUCUUGGGGAACGGGGGCGCCAAUGUGGAGGGCUGUGCUACCUCGAAGACGGAUGCGCACGGACCGGAGCUCGUGGCGGAGGUGUCCAGCUUUGCGAAGUACCACGCUCAUCACGUCCUCAUCGAGUUCAAGGAGCUGCGCCGCCGGAUCGCAGAGGCGGACCCGUGUGCGCAGGUGGCCCGAGUCGGCUCGCAGCGACCAGCAAACUCCUCGCCGUCGAACCGCCACGAGCACGGUGCAGACCGCAACACUCAAGAGCCCUCGGCCUCGUCUUCUAUGUCGCCGUCUCCCACGGCGCCCCUGUCUCCGCAUCCACUUCCGGCCCACCUCACUGCGGCGCUGACGCAGACGCUCUUCAGUGUCACGGUGCUGCUGCACGUGAGCGGUCUUUUCAGCGUCGCGGAAACCCACGUAGAGCGUCUGCUGGAUGUGUGCUUCUCCGCCUCCAUCUUCCUUGCGCAGGAUUCGGCUGCAGCUGCGGCUUUGACGCGCCGGCAGCGAGGCAACCUCUCCGCAUCAUCUAGCGCCUCUAAGUCUCCUCGACGGCAUGGCGCCACUGCCGCCGUUGUGGAGGCACCGUCGAGGUCGCGGCAUCUGCACUCGCUUCACUGGGCGAUUGUGCACUUCUCGGCGGGGGUACAGCACUGGGGGCUGCUGGAGCACACAAGUCCGCUGCAAGAUGUUGGCAGGACGCAGCGUCCAUACGAGCGCCUGCUGCAGGUACACGCUGCCCUGCUUUGCGAGCAGACACGCUGGUGCGUGGAUCAUGUGCUGUGGCAUGAGCUUGUGCUACUCAAGGCGGGCCGCCGCGCCGAGGCAGCGCGAGAUGCCUGGUUUAUGGGCCCCGACGCGGCGGCGUACUCCGUGCUGUUCGGCGCGCAGUCAAACUCAUCUACCUCUUGCCGCAAUGCCGCGGCUGCAGGCUCACUUGCGCGUUGUGUGCCGCCCCGCUUGCAGCAGCGCCGCCUUCAGCUUCUACCACUGCUGUGGCUCUCUCUUCUCUGCUCCCAGCUGCAGAAAAGACAGACGCCAACAGUGCAGACGCCGUCCACGUGCGCUGCACCACACAGCUCGCCCUCUCCGCCAGACGACGCGGAGGUGACCUGGGCCUCAGCACGCCACGCGUUCGCCGCCCUUUUGCCGCUCUUCUCGAAGGAUGCGCGACUGGACGUGACGGCGUGGGCGGCGCUGCAUCUUCUCUUCCUUCCACACAGAAGGGCGCAUCUAUCAAAUGCGAAGGGCGCGGAGGCGAAGAUGACACAGCCGUGCACCAUCUCUGCUCCAGCGCCGGCGGCGAAUGCGACGUUGCCGGAGUUGUGCGCACUCCUGGCGCGUGUCGAGCGUGACGGCGCCUUGCUAGAGCUCGGCCCGGCUCUUCCGGGACCGGCUUGCGUGCACGCGGAGUCGUCCGCACAUUUUCACCUCGCCUCGUUUCUGCGUCGUUGGCUGGAUGCGUCUACGGCACCGCCAUCUGUGCCCUCGUCACGCGGCACAGCUCACGUUGGACUUGCAGGCAGCAGCAGGCGCAUCUGCCGUGGCGACAGUGCGUUGAGCACAUUGCAAACCCCAGUGCAUACAGCGGGCCAGCUUUAUCGUGCGCUGCUGAACAUUCCGCUCUCGGCCCUCUUUCUUCCCUCACCCAAGUAUUCGUUUGGUGAUGGCCUUUGUUCCGCGUCUGCAGUCGCUCAGUAUGCGUCGACAGAGCCGUCGCCAAGGCAGCGGCUCUCUGUGACCGCAGAGGGAGUACGAUUGCUCAACCGGUUGCUGCUGCAUGUGCUGCUGCAGUGGCGCAGCGAUCGCCGUGUUCGGAGGGUGCCGCAAAGCAGUGGCGGCGUGUCAGCACGGUCCAUGUUGGAGAAGUUGCCCUCCGCAGGCGGCGCCGCACCAAUCGUGCCUGAGUGUUCGUGGUCCGCGAGCACGCCAUGCACCGAAAGCACUAGUUCAGGAGGACGCAGGGAAGCGACCGAAGCCGCUCAGGGCGACCCUCCUCCCGGUGCGCUUCCAGCUUCCCGACCGGGCCUCUCGCAAAAGGUGACCGUGUCCGCUGCGGAGAGCAGGCGGCAGUGGGAACGGGAGCUCGUUUGCGUCCUUAACACUACUCUUCACUUGGACGCGCUGAUAACAGCAGGCGCGGACGAUGGUGUCUCACGUGAUGGCAGCAGUGAUCGUGGCACGGGGCUCAUCCGCGCGUUCGUUGCGCCAACAGCCCAGGCCGUGGUCCGUGCUCUGGCGGAACAGCUUGGUAGAUCUCUGUUACCAUGGCGACUGCUUCUCCUCCACUGCGAACAUGUGUCACUCACUGCGGUGGAGCUGCAGCUCCUUGGCAAGCUGGAUGCGACGCUGCGUCACGUACUGCUCCUGUACGAUCCUCAACGUGUUUGCGCGAGCGACGCCGAAGCGGCCACCCCGCCUACGGACGUGGGAUCGCUGCCGAUGAUGUAUCGUGUGUCGAUGAAUGCGCUGAUGCGCACAGCUGCCUGA